GGCACGAGGUUUUGAACAGGGCGGAUCCGUUCAAUUGCAUAAGAAGUCGAUAUCAAGGUGUAAUUGGGUGCUACACUGGCUCGUUAUUGUGUGGUUUGGCUUAGUUUGUACUGGUUUUUUGCCUCUUUGCCUUGUUUUUGCUCAUUCCUUAAUCUCUGUCGAGACCCUUAUCGUUGCUAUUGAAGGACUCGUCGUUCCAUACAACCCACGAUAGUCGCCUUCUGCUGGGCGCUUGCUGCUUUUGAAGUGAUCAUGAAGCUCCCUAAAGGUGUGCUUGCCGUUGUUCUUGGUAUCGCCACGUUAUCAUUUGCACAGGAGAGCCUGUAUGGAAACAUCUCUGGUGACCAACUACGUCUGUUGGAGGACGAUGAUAAAUGUCCUCCUUGCUUCAACUGUAUGCUGCCUGCGUUUGAAUGCAAGCAGUAUUCCAAAUGUAAUGAGUUCAACGGUCAGUGUGAAUGUAUCUCUGGGUUUGGUGGGCAAGACUGCGUCGAGCCUCUAUGUGGGUCCUUGGAUGAUGAUAACUCACAAAGACCGAUAAGAGACGGUGACGAAUGUACGUGUGAAGACGGCUGGGGAGGCAUCAACUGUAACUUGUGUCUUGAAGACUCUGUUUGUGACAAGUUCAUGCCCGACGCGUCGAUGAAGGGUACGUGCUACAAGAAUGGUAUGAUUGUUAACAAGUUCCACCAGAUGUGCGAUGUUACAAACAAGAAAAUUGUUGAGAUCUUGGAUGGCAAGAAACCACAGGUAACGUUCAGCUGUGAUAAGGAAGAUGAUGUGUGUAACUUCCAAUUCUGGAUUGCUCAAAAAGAAAGCUUCUACUGUGAGUUGUCAACAUGUGAUUUCCAAUUUGAUCUAAAGACCAAUUCGUCACAUUACAACUGUAAAGACAUUCAGUGCAAAUGUGUACCUGGUCGUAUGCUCUGUGGUGAAUCUGGUUCCAUUGACAUUUCUGACUUCCUCACGGAGACAAUCACCGGACCUGGUGAUUUCAGUUGUGAUCUUACCAAAAAGAACUGCCGUUUUUCAGAACCAAGCAUGAACGAUUUGAUCUUAUCUGUCUUUGGUGACAAAUACAUCACUCUACACUGUGAUUCAGGUGAAUGUUUACAUUAUAGUGAAAUCCCUGGUUAUAAACUUCCUAAGAAGCCUAAGAUUACUUGGGGAAUGCUUCUGGGUUCUGUUUCAAUCAUCGCUGGUGUUGGUGCUGUUAUUGCAGCCGGUGCAUACUUUAUCUCCCAAUCACCACUAUUUAAGAAAUUCGACAUUUCGCUAGGUGAUGACGGAGAUAAUGACGAUUCAACACUACUUGUGUACACACCAGCUACUUUGACUUUUGAAAACGUUUCUUACUCUGUUGACGGACGUCAAAUUUUGAACAAGGUGUCAGGUAUUGUUAAGCCAAGGGAGAUGUUGGCCAUUAUGGGUGGAUCAGGUGCUGGAAAGACAACGCUGUUAGAUAUACUGGCACAUAAAAAGAAAGGUGGUGUAGUUUCCGGUGACAUUAGAGUCAAUGGAAACAAAGUUACCCCACAUAAUUUCAAAAAGAUUGUGGGAUUCGUUGAUCAAGAGGAUUACUUGCUCCCUACACUGACAGUCUUUGAAACAGUCCUCAAUAGUGCUCUUCUGAGACUGCCAAGGAAUAUGAGCUUUGCAGCAAAGGAGAGAAGAGUUUACGAAGUUCUACAGGAACUUAGAAUUCUUCACAUAAAGGAUAGAGUAAUUGGUUCCGAUUUUGAAAGGGGUAUUUCUGGUGGUGAAAAGAGAAGAGUUUCGAUCGCCUGUGAACUUGUUACUUCACCUUCAAUUCUAUUCCUUGAUGAACCUACAUCUGGCUUGGAUGCAAAUAACGCUAGUAAUGUUGUUGAAUGUCUCGUUAGAUUGUCGAGAGAUUAUCAAAGAACCUUAAUCUUCACCAUCCAUCAGCCAAGAUCCAAUAUUGUGUCCUUAUUUGAUAAACUCUUGCUAUUGGCUAACGGUCAAAUGAUUUACUCUGGAGAGAUGAUCCAAUGUAAUGAGUUCUUCUACAAAAAUGGUUAUAAGUGCCAUAAAGGUUAUAACUUUGCCGAUUAUUUGAUUGACAUAACUAUGGAAGACAAGAAGACUACCACCACUGCAGCUUCUCAACUACAGAUUGCCGGUGUUGAUGAAGAGAACCUUGACACAGAAGAUGAUAUCCAUGUACCAAUGGUUAGAAGCUCUAGUAGCUCGAGUGAUAUUCAACGCGAAUGGGAGCAUUUUGCCAGCCACAGAGAUGGAUUUAAGCAAGAUGCAUCUGAUGAAGUAUCGAAUAUCAAAUCAGACCGUAAGAUUUAUGAGAUAUUCUACAAGUCAAGUCUGUAUGAUCUUAUGCAAAACGAGAUAGAUGCUGCUAAAACGGAUGCAACUGAGAUUGUCUUUAAGGGGAACUAUCAAAGGGCAUCGUUUGUUUCGCAGCUGGUUAUUCUUUCUUCUCGUUCUUUCAAAAAUGUUUACAGAAAUCCGAAGCUACUGUUGGGCUCGUACGUCUUGGCCCUCUUCAUGGGUGUGUUCUGUGGUUUCCUAUAUUAUAACGUUGACAAUGACAUAAGUGGCUUCCAAAAUAGACUUGGGUUAUUCUUCUUCUUCUUAUCGUUCUUUGGGUUCUCAACGCUGACAGGUUUGCACUCUUUCUCCAUAGAGAGAAUUAUCUUUCUGAAGGAGAGAUCUAACAACUAUUAUCAUCCUUUGGCAUAUUAUAUGAGCAAGAUCAUAUGUGAUGUGAUUCCACUUCGAAUUUUCCCGCCCAUUAUGCUGUUGACUGUAUCGUAUCCAUUGAUUGGUUUGAACAUGCAAGACAAUGCGUUUGUGAAGUGCCUCAUCAUCCUCGUUUUGUUUAACCUGACCGUGUCUGUGGAGAUCUUAAUCAUUGGAAUAUUGGUGAAAGACUCGAGUAAUGCAACCAUGGUUGGUGUCUUGACGUUACUCUUCUCCCUGCUUUUCUCUGGUCUCUUCAUCAACAGAGAGAGUCUCAAAUUUGAAUUUUUACAAUAUCUGAGUAUGUUCCACUACGGGUACGAGGCGUUGGCAGUGAACGAGGUGAGAACUUUGACCUUGCGCGAGAAAAAAUAUGGUUUGUCCAUUGAAAUUCCAGGUGCUACGAUCCUAAGUACUUUUGGAUUCAACGUGGGUGCUGUAACCAACGAUAUAAUGGCUCUUCUCUGCUGGUUUGUGUUCUUCCUCGGUGCAGGAUAUCUCUCAUUGCACUACUUUGUCAUAGAAAAGAGAUGAUAAAAUGGCAAAAAGUGAGUAACUAAUAUGGUUCUUAGAGGUAUUUAAAACGUAAUUCCAAGCAAUAUUCUCAAA